GCCAUAACCACGGCAAUCAGAAGAAGGACUGUAUCCCGCAAGGACAAAAGAAAAAGAAAAAAAAGCCGCAACAGGAACCCCAGGGGGAUUGAUCUGACUUUGCUAUUUCUAAUCCAAAGCUGGAAAGGAAAGAAAGCCACAAGUGUGAAGGAAUUCCUCAGUCCUUGAACAGACCACAACCUGCAGUGUUGGUUUUUAAAAAUUAUAUUUCUCAUGUGAUUUAAUUAUACAGUAUGCGAAGGAACAGGUGAACUGCAGCCAAAGGGAAAUUAUAGACUUUUUUCAUUGUAUUUUGUACAUUGUACAUGGGCUGUAAACAAUUUAAGAGCAGCACUGAAUGGAAAGUAAUACCCUCCAUUAAUUGUUAAAGACAUUGUUGAUUUUAUUGAUAGAGUUGUUUUUUUUCUAAGACUUUCUAAAAAUCUUUAAGAUUACAUACAUUUCUAUCCCUGCGACACACAGUAAAAAAUCAUAUCGAGUGCAGUUCGGAGCUUGCCGUUGUUUUCAAGUUUGGUUGUGGGGUUCUGCCAUGGCGUUCGCCGGUAUUCUGGAGAAGGUGGGCGGCACUGGCCGGUUUCAGGUGCUGCACGUGACACUGCUCUGCACCCCCAUCCUCAUGAUGGCCAGCUACAACCUGCUGCAGAACUUUGUGGCCAACGUGCCCCCCCACUUCUGCCGUGCCCCGAAAAACUCCUCCGUCUCCCACCUGGGCCCCCAGGAGGCGCUGUUGCUCACCGUGCCCUUAGACUCGGAGGGGAAGCCGUCAAAGUGCCAGCGCUACUCCACCCCGCAGUGGCACCUGCUGGCCCGAAACAACACCCCCACUGAGACAGGGGGCGUUGUCUCCAGCACCCUGGAUCCACUCAGCACAGAGCUGCAAGGUUGUGAGGAAGGAUGGGAGUACAACAUGAAUGAAAUGAGCUCUACCAUUAUAUCUGAGUGGGAUCUGGUAUGCGAUUCUCGUUCGCUAAAACAGAUGGGACAAAGCAUUUACAUGGGAGGGGUGCUAGUCGGAGCAGUGGUCUUUGGAGGCCUCGCCGACAAGUUUGGCCGGCGGAUCCUGCUGAUGCUCUCCUACCUGCUGAUGGCGGUGUCAGGCACCUGCGCUGCCUUCUCCCCCUCCUUCCAGCUCUUCUGCUUCUUCCGCUUCCUCUGUGGCAUGGGGCUUUCGGGCCAGGCUCUCAACUCCCUGUCCUUAAUUUUGGAGUGGAUUCCCACACAUGUGAGGACGGUGGUUGGUACAGGGGCUGGGUACUUCUACACUGUGGGUCAGCUAAUUUUGGCCGGGAUGGCAUACUUCAUCAGGGACUGGCGCUGGCUGACACUUGCUGUCUCCAUACCCUACUUCAUCGCUUUCCUCUACUCCUGGUGGUUGCUGGAGAGUGCUCGAUGGCUGGUGCUGAACGGGAAGUCCGAACAAGCGGUGAAGAACCUGCGCUACGUGGCUCUUUUCAACGGACGGAGAGCAGAGGGGGACAAAAUCAACGUCGAGGUGCUGCAGGAGUCAAUGAAGAAGGAGAUAUCCUGUUCCCAGGGCACAUACUCUGCCCUGGAUCUGCUGCGUACCCCUGCCAUGAGAACCAUCACAAUCAGCCUCUGCGUCGUCUGGUUCACCACCAGCUUCGCUUAUUAUGGGCUCUCCAUGGACCUGCAGAAGUUUGGUGUGGAUAUCUACCUGAUCCAGGUGAUCUUCGGGGCUGUGGACAUCCCUGCCAAAGUCAUCAUGACUGUGUCUAUGAGCAAGAUUGGCCGGCGAGUUUCCCAAAGUGCUGCCAUCAUACUGUCCGGCAUCAUGAUACUAGCCAAUUUACUAGUGCCAUAUGAGAAGCAGGUGUUACGCACCACUCUGGCAGUGCUGGGAAAGGGGUGCUCAGCUGCAUCUUUCAACUGCUGCUAUCUGUACACCGGAGAGCUUUUCCCCACCAUUAUCCGGCAGAACGGAAUGGGCUGGGUGUCGAUGAUGGCACGUCUGGGGGCCAUGGUGGCCCCCCUCAUACUGAUCCUCGGAGAUGUGGUGUCCUGGUUGCCUGGCCUGAUCUACGGGGGGAUCCCCAUCCUGGCUGGAGGGAUCGCCCUCUUCCUGCCCGAAACUCUGGGGAUGCCCCUCCCUGACACCAUCCAGGACGCAGAAGAACGAUCGCUUGCCCAGAAAUCCUCUAAGUCACUAAAAAAAGGAGAUAUCGUGCUGAAGGAAGCCAACAAUUCUUUACUGAAGGAGACCAUCUGAAGUCACUCCUCGUACAAGUUACUGUUUCUAGCUACAAGAGGAUAAAAUGUAUAUAUAUUUACACAAAAUUAUGCCUAUGCAUAGUUCAAAUGGUUGGUUGUAUGCACACAGCAAUUAAUAACUUAUAAAAGUCACUGGUACAGAUGGGAUAUCAUGUACUUGGAAUGUACUUGUCGUUACAUUAAGCUGGAUCGAAACAGUUUCCUCCACUUGAGAUUAAAAUAUUUGAUUUAAUUAUCACUAUGGGCUGAAUAAUGAUAUUUUAUUGUUUUGACUGUAUGUGUCAGUACUGGUCAUGAGAGGAAUAAGUAAGUUUGAGUUUAAUAUGACUCUAUCCACCUAAGACACAUACUGAAAGCUCUCUUAUAUUGUACCUGUGAAGCAAUUUGUCCCAAACAUUAUGGUGUAAUGGUGACAAUGUAUAAAACAUGUUGCUGUAAUUUCAAAAUGGUGAAUCCAAAAUGUAUUAAAAAAAAUACCCUUUAUAAUAAAAGCUGAAAAUCUACACUUUAA